AUGGGCGCGAUGCGCGCCUCUCCCGCCGGCCUCCUGCUGCUCGCCCUUGCCCUCAUCGCCGGUCAGUUUGCCUUUGACUUUGCCUUGAUCCGUAGCCUUUUUUCCUGUUCCCUCCGCCUCUCCUGCUCGCUUCGUUUUCCGCACCCUCCCGCUCUUCUUUCCCCGUUCUACUCUCACAUCUGUGCUCUAAUAUCCGCUCUCUCAUAUCCGCUCUCUCCUCACCGCACACCCUCUCCAUUGUCCUCUGCAGCAGCUCAGAUGAUGCAGGCAGCGAAUGGCGACGACUCAGUGAAAAGAAUCAUGACACACCGUAGCAUGCUGCGAACCAUGCUGAAAGGCGCGUAUGGGGAAGGCGCAGAGGCGGAGACAGCAAGCAGGAAGGUCAAUACGCGCCGGAUUGCGCUCAGCACCACCGGCAGCACCACCGCCGGCAGCACCCCUGCUGACAACACUCCCGCUGACACCCCUGCUGAUACCCCUGCUGAUAUCCCUGCUGAUAUCCCUGCUGAUACGCCUGCUGAUACCCCUGCUGACACCUCUGCUGACACCCCUGCUGACGGCACCAGCACCACCACUGGAAGCGGUGGCUUUAGUGGCAGCACUAGCAGCAGUGGCAGCACCGCCAGGACUGGCAGCACUGGCAGCAGUGGCAGCAUCACCGUCGGCAGCACCACCACUGGCGGCACCACUGGCAGCACCGGCAGCACCAAUGUCCACCGCAGCGCCCUCUUGCCUCUGUCUCUGUCAUGCACACACUGUUUUGAGAGGGCUCAAAACACCACUUCAUCAUCUGGCUUCCUCUGA